CUCCGUUCUGUUGAGCAUACCAAACGGUCCGCUGACUAGCUUUUACAAAAAGCUAACCUUGUACUGCAUUCACGGAGACGAUAGUAAAUCAUUUUACGGUCAACUAUUUAUACAUCUACUCCUAGCUACCUCCUUAAGUUUCAUGUUACAUCAAUUAGGGGAAACUAAAAUUCAGUGUUAUCAUUUAUAUAUUACUAAAUUCUAUCUUGACGUUAACAAUUGUCGUUUGUUUUGGGGGAAAGAUGACGGAGUCAUUGGCCUCGGAUUUUGUUAUGGACAAUGAUUUCUAUUUCCAUGACAUGUUCGGUCAUUGUGGAGAUGAACCAGCUUUAAAGCCGAACAUUGUGGUUGGUAUUGACUUUGGGACAGCUGGGACAGCUUUUGCUAUUCAGUUUCGAACGAAUUAUGAGAACAAUAUGCACGAGAUUUUUUAUGACAAAUAUCUAUCUACACAUGGUCGAAAAAAUUCAACUUCGCUUUUGUUAAGCAAGAACUCUUCCGAGUCAUAUUUCGGCGUUGAAGCCGAAAAUAAAUAUAGACGAUUGCAGAACCGCGAUGGCUGGUAUUUCUUUCGACAUUUCAAAAUGCAGAUGUAUAGAGAUAGAACACAGCAGGAUAUUGGUAGUGAAACACUGUUAACUGCAGAAGGGGGAGAGAAGGUACCAGCUGUCACUGUAUUCGCCGCAUGUCUCAAAUGUAUUAAACGUGAAGUUGAUGAAGUUUUAAAACAAAUAGACAAGACGAAAUGGGUCAUAACGGUCCCCGCAGUUUGGAGUGAUGGAGCAAAGGCAAUCAUGAGAUCAGCAGCCGAAAAGGCCGGCAUUGAAUCUAAAUAUCUCACAAUUGCAUUAGAACCAGAAGUAGGUGCUAUUUAUUAUGCUGUGACAGGCGCAAAUCCACCAAAUCAUCCAAUCAGCAAGAUGGAAUGUCCGGUGCAUAUCGGUCCAGGAUCAACAUUUAUGGUUGUAGAUAUUGGAGCAGGAACAGUCGAUAUAACAACAAUGACCAUAAUGAAAAAUGGAAAAAUUAAACAGAUUUACGAAUCAGAUGGUGGCCCAGCUGGUGGCGAAAAUGUCGAUAGAAAGUUUAUUAACCUUGUAGCAAAGCUUUUUGGGGAAAAUACCUGGCGUGAGUUUGCGAAAGAGAGUUCCAGCAAAUAUGCACAAUUUAGGGACUCAGUUGAAUCUGCAAAGAAAGAUUUAAAACCUGCUGAAAACGUCGGGGAAAUUGACGACAUUUUCCUAUAUGUACCUGAAGAAAUAUUAAGAGCUUUCGCACAAGAACAGGAGGAGACGGAUUUGACGUCUUCCCUUCGUAAGGCUGGACAAAAACAUAAACAACGUGCAUAUAAAGGUGUUGGCAUUGAAGACGGACAACUGUGUUUCAAGGCCGAUGUUCUAAGACAACUCAUGAACGAAUCUGUUGAGGAAAUACUAAAGUUUAUCAGUAAGGUAAUUAGUAGCGAACAAAGAAAGAUGAAAGACAUUCAUGCUGUAAUACUUAUCGGUGGGUUUGCGUUAUCUAAUUUUUUGUAUAAUGCAAUCAAAAAGGAAAUUAAGUCAGUUACGAUUUUGAGACCUUGGUCCUGUGACAAGGCCGUUCUGCGUGGUGCCGUCUUAUUUGGACAUAAUGAGAGUAUUCUCAGUGUGAGAAAAGUACGCUUAACUUAUGGUAUUAAAUCGUUUAAGCCUUUUAAAUCAGGAGAUCCUUCGAAAAGGAAAGUAUUAAUUGACGGGGAAGCUUAUGUCAAAGACUGCUUCUCAAAACACGUCACACGUGGACAAGACGUACAUAUUGACGAAUGGACACCACCUAGAGAAUAUAAGCCACAUUGCAACUCUGAGUCAAAAACAAAAACAAUUUAUCUUUAUGCGUCAAAUGCACAUUCACCGAGAUAUGUCGAUGAAGACAGCUGUAAAAGCAUCGGGCAGUUGGUACUUGAUUUUACUCGCGAAACGGACAAACUUAAUUUGUUAGAUGUAUCUUUCAAUUUCGGACGUACUGAGAUACUUGCCAAAGUUACACAUCGGUCAUCGGGAGUUUCUACAGUAGGCAUAAUGCGUUGUUCAAGUAAUUAAAUCACCAUACAGUUUCGCGUAUUUUAGCAAAACGUAACAUUUAACAAUAAGCUUUAAACGCGAUUGCUCUUUUUUCCAUUUUUGACAGAGUCAUGUAUAUAAAUAACCUAUUAAAAUUGCAUAUUACUAAUCAGUUAGGACAUUAUAAACAUUUUGUUAUCUAAUUAUGACUGAAAUCAUUCAAAUGUGUAAAGUAAUUAUGAAUAAGAUAUCUUUACGUCAGAGACAGACAAAUGGUGGGAUGAUAGGAUGGAUGGAUAGAUGGCGGCAAAUACAGGGGAGAGGGGGAGGGGUGUACAUUUUAGGCAUUCAUUGCCGCAUGGUUGCAUGAUUUUUCCGUUCUCACAGACUGUAUUACCAUUCAAUGUGCAUUUAUGUUAAUGUCCUUUUUUCUUCAUCGUCAUUUUCAAACAUUUCGUAAGUGAUUCGAAUGAGAUUUAAAAAGUGCAUAGCAUUAUCAAAACGUAACUACUAUAAAUUGUAAAUAAUUAUAAUACAUUUAUUGCCUUUCUAAUUUUAAAGGCAAAGGCAUCACCUGACAUAAAGAGAAGUUGUUUAUUAAAAACCACCUCAAAAGACAAGUCUAUCAGAAAAUAACUUAGCCACCAAUACGGUGUUCCACAUGGAAACGAAUAUUGUAAAAAAAAAGCACUUUAAACCGUUCAGCCGACAUUUUAACGGGGAUAUCGAAUGUAUUCUGCAAUAGCUUUUUUACAAUAAAUAAAAGAUUACAUGAAAUUACAGUUGUAAUACGUUUAUUGUUUGGCUUAUGUGACCAAAAUGUACUGUGUUACAAUACAUCAUUCGUAAGAUAUGUUGGUGAAAUACAGUAUCAUUUACCUGUU